GGAUGAGUUCAAGAAGACAGAGGCCUACCAGCUUGAGAAGGAAGCUCGAGGCGUGGUUCAGGAGAAGGGCGCUGCUGCUCGCAGCAUGAAUCUGGCAAGGCUUGCGCUGAACAUCCGCCAGAUCUUGGAAGCCCGAGAAGGUCUUGGCGAACUUGCGCUGGCCUCUUUCUCGGAACUGAAG